AAUGCAGAUAAUAAAAUCUGCCCCUCAAAUCCCACCGUGCUUUCUCUUUCACAAACCCGCAGAAUAAAACCUUCACAUACAUUCUUCUGCAAAUUUUUCCCCCAUAAUUUGCUACAAUCAUCAAAUUCAAUUCUCCGAUUUUUCCCCCUUUUCAAUUGUCUCCUUAUUUUCCAUGAUUUGAAUAUCGUAAGAUUAAUUUAAAUAAGAGAAAAAUGGGCAAAAAUCAAGCGUACAAAGCGAUGCAAAGAUCUCGGCUCGGCUCGAGCUCAGCCGGGCCUGAAGAAGCUGAAGAUGGCAUGGUGGAUGGUUCAUUUCAUUCACCAGAGUGGCAUGCUGCUCGUUUGGCAAGUCUCAAGACUUCUCAUACCGUCACUUGGGAGGAGUUCAAGAAGAAGCAAAAGGAAGAAGAAAUGAGAAAGGGAGAGUUGGAAGCAGAUAAAGACAGGAUGAUGAGAGAUUAUCGGGCUCAGUUAGAUGCCGAAAGGGCCCGUAAACUUGCCCACGGGAAAAACCACUCCAGCACCAAAUCCAGCACUAAAAAGGAUAAGAAAGACAGAGAUUCGAAGAAACACAGCAGCAAGAAACGAAAGCGUUCGAGGCGAGAAUCUUCAGAUUCCAGUUCAACAUCAUCGUCAGAAACAUCAAGCAGCGACGAUGAAGAGAGAGAAAGGAAACGAUCGAAAUCGAGGUCGAAGAAAAGUAAGAGAGAGAAAAAGCACCGCUCGAGAUCAUCAAAGCAGCUAAGGAGUGGAAACGAAGAGGAGGCUGAGGGGCCUUUACCCCUUUCUAGAUUCUUUGGGAGCCUCAAAAGUUGAUACAUGGUUCAACAUUUUUCGAUGUUAUUCUCAUUCCCUAUUUAGAGGUAAUCAAUUUGCUAAACUAAAAAAAAUGGACUAGCAAAUAUUUAUUCUCACCUUAUUACAUACACUUGAAAUGUUUGCGUGUUUUAAACCCGAGUUUUCGAAUUUUCAAAGUUGAAGAUUAUACAUUUGAGAUUUCUUGACAAUUUCGUA